GCGGGGCUUGUUCAUGCGGUAGAGGAAGUGACCCAGUGGUUGAACUUCGGUUCGUUUCUAACCUUUUUCAGUAACUCUCCGUUUAAGGACACAGGUGAGGACACAGGUGAGGACACAGGCGAGGACACAGUGACACGAUGGCUACAGAGGGGGAGCCGACCGACCUGAUCAAAGUGCUGCACCUCCUCCUGCUCUCCUUCUCCUGGGGCAUGCAGGUGUGGGUCACCUUCAUCGCAGGGUUCACGUUGGUGCGGCAGGUGACGCUGCACACCUUCGGCCUGGUGCAGAGCAAACUGUUUCCUGUGUACUUCCACUUCCUGCUGGGGAGCAGCCUCCUCAGCCUGGCUGUGUACGCCGUGUUCCACCCUAGAGAGCUGCUGGACUGGCACCACACCGUGCAGAUGGUUCUGUUCUCUGUGGUGCCUGUCACGGCGGGUCUGAACGCCCGCUGGUUCGGUCCGAAGGUCACAGAGGUCAUGUUCCAGAUGAGGCAGGUGGAGACGGAGCACGGCCUGGGGAACCAGAUAGGCCGCGGCAGCCUGAGAGCAGCGUACGCCAAACUCAAAGAGCAGGACCCGAAGUACGGAGCGUACAGGAGCACGUUCCUCCGGUACCACGGGCUGUCCAGCCUCUGCGCCCUGAUCGGGUUCCUCUGCACCACCGUCAACUUGAUCUACACGGCUCUGAAGCUAUCCACCAUCUAGAGGAAGAAGCAGAUUUCAGCAUGUGAAAAUGAUCUUUUUUCUGGAGUCAUCUCAGUAUUUUUCAUAUGAUAAAUCAAACAUGAUGUGUGAGGAGGUCUGUUCAUUACAAUUUUAUUCUGUUUGUCAGUAUCUAAUUGAUCCUGUCUCAUAAAACCGGAUGUGCUUUUUCUUUUUAAUGUUUGACUCAUUGACUCAAGAUCUAACAUCUAAUCAACACCUAGUGCAGGAUGUGGAGUGUCCUUGCAUCCCCAGCAGGGGGUGGUGUUUACACUCAGGAACUUUACUAACUUCAUUUCACUUGUUAUAUCCUGUGUUUCAUGACCUUGCAGAGGAAAUUUGUUGUUGUGAAUUUGUCACUGUGAUUGUGAGAUUAAACACAUGGUCUGUUUUA